CAGAUGAAUGUCGGUCGUUCUGGUCCCGGACCUUUAGACGGGAGUUUGUUGACAUUACAGUCUGUGCACAGGUCUCAGGUUGUGUGGGACAACAUAGAGCCACCCCCUGAUUUCAGAUUGAGGACAAACUUUGGGGAGUAUUGGAAGGCAGUUCGAGCCCACAGACCGCAUCAGAUGAUCAUGGAUGCAAUCAGGGAUUUAGGAUUUGAUUGCAUAUUUAGGCUGGGACAGUUCAAGCACGACAGGGGUUUGAUUACAGCCUUUAUCGAGAGAUGGCGUGGAGAGACGCACACCUUCCACCUGCCGUUCGGAGAGGCCACUAUCACUCUUGAGGAUGUUCAUCACAUUCUCGGGUUACCCACAGAGGGUGAUCCACUGAUCCUCCGUGGAGCGAGUAGCAGCGUGGAGGAAAGGCGCGUGCUAGUAGGCGAAUUUCUUGGGCUAUUACCAGAAGCCAAGGACGAUGUUAACCGAGGUGGUUUAAAGAUCAAAUGGCUUGUGGAUAACUUCGGGUCUUGUGAGCGGUUGGAGCAGUUGGAUCCAGAGGAUAUAGGUUAUGGUGUACAGCUUACCUACCAUAUUCGGGCGCACCUACUAUGCGUUAUUGGAUCAUUGUUCCCCCACAGCAGCGGGAACCGCGUGCAGCUUGACCUUCUAUGGUUAAUGAGGGACAUGGCGUACAGUGUAUAA